GAAGCGUGCGUCUCCUCUCCAUCACAUUUCACUUUUUCAAACAGUGACGGGGAAUCAAAGAAGGCAGGAUGUAGAAUCCGUCAGACACAGACCGUUUCUUCAGAGUCUUGCGGUUAAUUCUGCUGCUUUCAGUUUUUUCGCUCUGCUCGGUGCGGGAGUCUGCCGAUCGACCGAGGUGAAGAAGAGAGGUGUUGCUCGCUGCCUCAGCUCGCUGGAUGGAUCCGAGCUCAUCCUUUCUCACUUACAACUGAGGACUCGGUUUGGAAGAGUUGGGAUUUUGUUCCCUCCUCCACUCCAUCUCCUUUUCUAUGCCAGAUCAUUUUCAGGGCAGUUAAGUCUGAAGGUGUGGAAGACUUUGCUUCACAAUGGCAACAGGAGUAGCAGCGUGGCUCCCCUUUGCCAGGGCUGCAGCAAUUGGCUGGAUGCCUGUGGCCAACUGCCCCAUGCCUAUCGCGCCAAGAGACAACAGCAAGAAACAAGAUGAACUUAUCAUCCUCAAUGUCAGCGGCCGUCGUUUUCAGACCUGGAGAACAACAUUGGACCGCUACCCAGACACCCUACUGGGCAGUUCUGAGAAAGAUUUCUUUUACAACGAGGAAACCAAGGAGUACUUUUUCGACCGGGACCCUGACGCCUUCAGAAGCAUUCUCAACUUUUACCGAACGGGAAAGCUCCAUUAUCCUCGUCACGAGUGCAUCUCGGCCUAUGAUGAGGAGCUGACUUUCUUUGGCAUCAUACCUGAGAUCAUCGGUGACUGCUGCUAUGAAGAAUACAAGGACAGAAAGAGGGAGAACUUAGAGCGGCUGCAGGAUGAUCAGGAAGAGAAUAUGGACCUGAAGAUGCCCAACAUGAACUUCAGAGAGACCAUGUGGCGCGCCUUUGAAAACCCCCACACCUCCACCAUGGCCCUGGUCUUUUACUAUGUCACUGGGUUCUUCAUUGCUGUCUCGGUCAUUACGAAUGUGGUGGAGACCGUGCCCUGUGGUGCUACUGCCAAUCAGAAAGACAUGCCAUGUGGCGAACGCUACACUGUUGCGUUCUUCUGCAUGGACACCGCCUGUGUUAUGAUUUUCACCGUGGAGUAUUUGUUGCGCUUGUUUGCCGCACCUAGUCGUUACCGCUUCAUGCGCUCUGUGAUGAGCAUCAUCGACGUGGUGGCUAUCUUGCCAUAUUAUAUUGGUCUAGUGAUGACCAACAACGAGGAUGUCAGCGGCGCCUUCGUGACACUGCGUGUGUUUCGAGUGUUUCGUAUCUUCAAGUUCUCCCGCCACUCGCAAGGCCUGCGGAUCCUGGGUUAUACACUCAAGAGCUGCGCUUCGGAGCUGGGCUUCCUCCUCUUCUCACUCACCAUGGCCAUCAUCAUCUUUGCCACGGUCAUGUUUUAUGCAGAGAAGGGCUCCAGCUCCAGCAAGUUCACCAGCAUCCCAGCUUCAUUCUGGUACACUAUUGUCACCAUGACGACGCUGGGCUCGCUGAGAUUCUGUGCCAUGAAUGGCAAGAAAGCCAGACUGGCCAGGAUAAGAAUAGCCAAGUCCGGCAGCGCCAACGCCUUCCUUCAGAGCAAACGCAACGGACUUCUCAACGAACUGCUGGAGCUGACGGGUAGAGAAGGGGAUGAGCAGAAGCUGACCCAGAAGUCCAUCUCUCUGUUAGAGAGCCAACACCACCACCUACUGCACUGUCUGGAGAAAACAACAGCUCACGAGUUUGUGGACGAGCAGAUAUACGAGCAGAACUGUUUGGAAACGGCUCUGCAGACCUAUCCCUCACGCAGUCCCUCUGUAUCCAGCCAUGACAGCUCCACACGUACCUGUUGUAGUCGAAAGAGAAAGAGAAAUGUUCCUCUGCCUAACACCAGCCUGCCCACCACCCAUUCAACACACCAGGGCCCGCUGCAGGAGCUCAGUGCCAUCCACAUACAGUGUGGUGACCCACUGUCCCACACCGCCAGCCGCUCCAACCUCAACCUUAAAACUGACGAGAGCAGCAGGAUCAACUGCAAAAGUGGCCGGAUCACCACAGCCAUCAUCAGCCUCCCAACACCCCCUGCUUUAACCCCUGAUGGAGACGGGUUCCACGGGCCCCCACAGCGGAGGCCGCCCCAACCUCCAAGUCACCCACCACCCUUGAGCAUUCAGACCACAACAAGUUCAGCUGGCGCCAACAUCGUCAAAGUCUCGGCUCUGUGACUGUGUGGCUGAAAGAUGUAACUCACCCCACCAGGGGGAAGAAAAGCAGAGGAGGAGGAAGCAGGUAACACUACAUUCAUGGACGUACCGUGUUCCCUAAUACAGGGUCAGUGAGAAGAGAGGUGUACUCCAGAGGACUCACCAGUUAUGGAGACAUUAUUGAGGUAGAGGACUGUAGAUAUGUGACCUGAGAAUCACGCUCGUGUCAUGUCGUGUAUGUACUGUCGAUACGAUGAGAGCUGCUGCAUUUCUAAACGUUUCCUACAGCAGUGGAGAUGGUGGAAAAUAACUGAUGAUAUUGUGCAACUGGCAGAAACAUCAACAAACCCUGUUGACCAUCACAAAUUCACAGUAAAUUUGACGUGAAUUCACAGUGAAAAAGAAGAUUUGUUGGAUUAAAUACUGAAGAACAAAGCUGUUGAAUCUGAUUGGUCAUAUUUGUGUUAUGUGAUUGUCUAUAGUAUUUUGAGAAACAUAAACUGUUUUAGUUUAAAGUCGCCAUGCCUGAUGCUGCUAAUAUCAUCCCUGAAAUGUGUAUUUCAUUUGUUGCAGACUGGAAACAGCGUUUCUUUGUUUUCGUUGGAUAAUUGUAUCGAUACAUUAUGUUGAUUCCUCAAACCAAACUGUGAUUUUAGUUGUAUUUGAAAAAUCCCACUGAAUGUGGACUGAAGGCUGACGGUCGUCGUACUGCAUUGAAACAGAGCAGUGGUUCUCAGCCUUGAGCUGACCGGAGAAUUACUAUAAAGCAAAUGUGUAAUUUAAUGUUGAAGGAUGAGGUUACAGUACAUCCCAUGAAAAGACCAAAACCAACCACUUGAUUAGCUGAAAUUCAUUCAUCCUAGUCUUAACUGUUUGUGUUACAAAAACACAGGAAAAUAACUUGUUUUAAAUAAUUUUCUCCUGCAGAUUAAUAUAUGUGUUGCAGGAGUUUGUACAGCAGAAGGACAAUGUACAUGAGGGUUCUGACAUGUUAAUGUAAAGAAGAAACAAGCCAUGCAGUGAAACAGUGAUAAUAAUAAAAGGUAUAUAACUUUGCAUAUUUUGGGAGGGGAAAUACUACAACAUUUGGUUUCAGUACAACAGCAAGUGUUAGUAAGGCCAGGAUACUGAAUAACAUGAUUGUAUCGACAGUGUCCCAGAAUGAAGUAUCGUUUAUGGCUCAGUCACACUACAGUAAAACUGUUGCAUUCAGCAACCGAUUGCAGGUAGUUUCAAAAACUAACUGGGUGCCCAAUUUUGAUCCUAAGGUGAUUUUGUAGGUUACCUGCUCCGUGGCAGCCUGUGUCCAAACAGUCUGACUCAAACCGACUCCAGUCACUCUCAGACAGACUGGUUAAAGCUUGCAAAUAAUUGCAGUCUAAUUUAUAAAUGUAGACAGAUUGCCAACAAGUAGCAAUCAAUCUGAGUCAGUCUGUGCAGGACUCAUCUGUGCCUCAUCUCUUUGCAGUUGAUUUUAACACAAAUUGUUGCCAACUGCUUGUAUUCCUAAAUAAAAGCAAAGCUGCAUCUAUAUCAUUUCGCUGUCUUGCAGCAACCAUCACAUCGCUAUUUGUGGAGAAAUUUCUGUUUUUAGU